AUGUCAGGAAAGAAGCCAAAUGAAAAUGAUUCAGUGCAGGAUUAUUUAGAUCCAAAGACAUAUCUUGGUUAUCAAUUUGAGGAGAAAAUCUCAGAGUAUGCUGAAGAUGUCAGUGUUGAAGAAGAAUCAUUAGAGGAAGAUGGUGGUGAUGAAGUUCAUUGGUCUGGAGAUGAUUCUACCCUCAAUAAAUCGCUGAAGAGGAAACGGACAAAGACCAAGUCUACAUUACCAGCAAGGAAGCGGCGUGGUGGAAUAAGACUUGAGGGUGAGCUGCCAGAUGGCUGCGAAGCCGACCCUGAAACUGUCCGGCAGGAAGAAGAACGACGGCAGCUAGAAAAAGAAACAGCUGAACAAGCUUUACGCAAACACGAAGAACAGGAGAAGAGACGGUCCGAUUCGUUAUGGCAUAGUUUCCUGACAGACGUUGGACAACGACCAUUCAGCAGUGCCGGUGUUAGCGGUCGUUCAAGUUCUGGUUCUUUAGGCUCCCUCAACAGUCCUAUUGGUAGCAGAAGUCCUGGUGAUGGUGCCUCAUCAUCUCCUAUGCAGACAAAUGGCUCUGACGCCAGCUCCCCAUUGAAAGGAACUUCUCCACAGAAGAUUACCAUUACAAAAGUUUACGAUUUUGCUGGUGAGAAAGUAGAAAUCAGUAAAGAAGUGUCGGCCGAUUCCAAAGAAGCUAAAGAAGACAGUUUAUUGAAGUCUGUCCGAGAAGGGCCAUGUGAUGGACUCUCACCACCUGACAGUUCUUCUGCUUCAAAAUCUUCUAACCCUACAACUUUGUCAUCUUCAUCCUCACUCUUUUCUGGAAAACGACCAGGUUCUGACAGAGGUGGUGGAGGUGGUGGUGGUGGGCUAGGUAACAUCCUCAACAAAAUUACUAAAAAGAACAAACUCACCACUUUGGAAAAGUCAAAAUUAGACUGGGACACUUACAAACAGAAAGAAGGCAUAGAAUCGGAACUUAUGCAACACAACCGCAGUAAAAGCUCGUACCUUGAACGAAUGGCAUUCCUGGAUCGUACGGAUCACAGACAGUUUGAAAUAGAGAAGACUUUACGUCUUACCAGCAACAACCGACGAUGACUUUCAUUUUGUGCUCUCACAGCUCUAAUCUCAAAACUCUGUUAGGGUCCUUUUGAACUGUCCUCCUACCCUUUUCCUUUAAAAUUAUUUUUUAUGAAAAAAGUAUUUUCAGUUCAUUUCAUAUUUUUAACCCCAUCAUCUGUUCAUUUUUGUAUAAAUUAUUCUAUGGAUCAUUA